GGGCGAAGUGACCAGGCGGCAGCGGCGGCGGCAUAGCCGGCUCUGCCGAGGUGACAAUGUGCUAGGAGCCCUCGUUCGGUCUCCUGCGCCUCCUCGGCCUCGGCGCCCGCUCUCGCGGCGCUCGCGGAGCCCUCUAGCCCGCCGCUGCGCUAUGAGGGCGCCUCUCCGGGGCUGGCCCAGGCCGGAGCCAGCUUGCUCCGCUCGGGGGGAAGUGUGAAGAGAGAGAGGCGCGGGCGGGAGCCGGGGCUGCGAGCGGCGUUCGCGGGCCGGCGCGGGUUCCAGGUGAGCGCGGGCUCGGCGCACCCGGCACUCUCGGCGCGGCCGACCGGCGCCUGCUGGGCUGGUCGGAAGCUGAAUCCCGUGUGUGGACUGCCGUUCCCUCUUCGCGGGAUCCUUUGCCACGAUAGCAGAUGCAUUUUGUAGGAGUAUUUUGAGGAUGAAUGUUUGCAAAUCAUUUUGAAAUUGCCAAACGCCACAUACAUGGGAUGCAUCCUGCUUUUAUCUUGGUGUUCACCCCUGUGGCUUGGAUUUAUCACAGUAGCAUCUGUCUUCGAUCUAUGUGUUAACUAGAAAUCAAGGGAAGACAUGAGGAGGUUUGUUUACUGCAAGGUGGUUCUAGCCACUUCACUGAUGUGGGUGCUUGUUGAUGUCUUCUUACUCCUGUACUUCAGUGAAUGUAACAAAUGUGAUGACAAGAAGGAGAGAUCCCUGCUACCUGCACUCAGGGCUGUUAUUUCAAGAAACCAAGAAGGGCCAGGAGAAAUGGGAAAGGCUGUGCUGAUUCCUAAAGAUGACCAGGAGAAAAUGAAAGAACUGUUUAAAAUCAAUCAGUUUAACCUAAUGGCCAGUGACUUGAUUGCCCUUAACAGAAGUCUGCCGGAUGUGAGAUUAGAAGGAUGCAAGACAAAGGUCUACCCUGAUGAACUUCCAAACACAAGCGUAGUCAUUGUGUUUCACAAUGAAGCGUGGAGCACUCUCCUUAGAACUGUUUACAGUGUUAUAAACCGUUCCCCACGCUAUCUGCUCUCCGAGGUCAUCUUGGUAGAUGAUGCCAGCGAAAGAGAUUUUCUCAAGUUGACAUUAGAGAAUUAUGUGAAAAAUUUAGAGGUGCCAGUAAAAAUUAUUAGGAUGGAAGAGCGCUCUGGGUUAAUACGUGCCCGCCUUCGAGGAGCAGCUGCUUCAAAAGGGCAGGUCAUAACUUUUCUCGAUGCACACUGUGAAUGCACCUUAGGAUGGCUGGAGCCUUUGCUGGCGAGAAUAAAAGAAGACAGGAAAACAGUUGUAUGCCCCAUCAUUGAUGUGAUUAGUGAUGAUACCUUUGAAUAUAUGGCUGGGUCAGACAUGACUUAUGGGGGUUUUAACUGGAAAUUGAAUUUCCGUUGGUAUCCUGUUCCCCAAAGAGAAAUGGAUAGGAGGAAAGGCGAUAGAACAUUACCUGUCAGGACCCCUACUAUGGCUGGUGGCCUAUUUUCUAUUGACAGAAACUACUUUGAAGAGAUAGGAACUUACGAUGCAGGAAUGGAUAUCUGGGGUGGAGAGAAUCUUGAAAUGUCUUUUAGGAUUUGGCAAUGUGGAGGCUCUCUGGAGAUUGUGACUUGCUCCCAUGUUGGUCACGUUUUUCGGAAGGCAACUCCCUACACUUUUCCUGGUGGUACUGGUCAUGUCAUCAACAAGAACAACAGGAGACUGGCAGAAGUUUGGAUGGAUGAAUUUAAAGAUUUCUUCUAUAUCAUAUCCCCAGGUGUUGUCAAAGUGGAUUAUGGAGAUGUGUCAGUCAGAAAAACACUAAGAGAAAAUCUGAAGUGUAAGCCCUUUUCUUGGUACCUUGAAAACAUCUAUCCGGACUCCCAGAUCCCAAGACGUUAUUACUCACUCGGUGAGAUAAGAAAUGUUGAAACCAACCAAUGUUUAGACAACAUGGGCCGCAAGGAAAAUGAAAAAGUGGGUAUAUUCAACUGUCAUGGUAUGGGAGGAAAUCAGGUAUUUUCUUAUACUGCUGACAAAGAAAUCCGAACCGAUGACUUGUGCUUGGAUGUGUCUAGACUCAGUGGACCUGUAAUCAUGCUAAAAUGCCACCACAUGAGAGGAAAUCAGUUAUGGGAAUAUGAUGCUGAGAGACUCACCUUGAGACAUGUUAACAGUAACCAAUGCCUCGAUGAACCUUCUGAAGAAGACAAAAUGGUUCCUACCAUGCAGGACUGUAGUGGAAGCAGAUCCCAACAAUGGCUGCUAAGGAACAUGACAUUGGGGGCAUGAAGAUUGUUUCCCAAAGCCAUGAAAGUGUCUACACUUUUGUUUUUCCAUUAUUUCAAUUAGGGAAAGAUAUUAACUUUGCUGAAUUGAAAGUUUUAAAAUCCUUUUAGUAUUCUAAAAUACAAUUGUUUAUAAUUCAUUUUUAGGAAUGUUUGCUUAUUUCCCUACUAAAAUUUGUAUCUGAUCAAAAGAAGCACAUACAAUAUAAAUAACAGCAAACUGUUAUUAAACAUCAGAACAACUUGAAAAAUAAAUUGGGUUUGCUUUAAAACAAUAAUCUCUAUUGUCCUCAUCUCAUAAGGUCAGUCAGGGGUUUAUUUUAAUUUUUUUUUGUCAUAGUGAUUGAAAGAGAGACAAUGUAAAUGCCUUAUAAAAUAUCUUCAUUAUGAUAUAUUAUCAAUUGUUUUAAAAACUCACUCUGUUUCUAAUGGACCUUCAAGGAAACAUGUUGGAUUUCUAUGUCAACAACAAGGCCACAUAUUGAAUUAUUUCUGAGCAGUGAAUUCAUCAUACAAGAUAAGUUUAAAUUUUGUAUGAAAAAAAUUACAUUGGAUAUUGACUUCUCAUAGAGUCCUUAUAAAAGCAUCACCGUUAAACAAAAUAGAGGAGAGUUUGAAAGUUCAAUUUCAAGUACAUGAAAUCAGAGGAAACUAGCUAGGCAUUGAGGGGAGAAAGAUGAAGCGAAAUUGAAAAAAAAUAAAUCAUUAUAAAAGACAUUCUGUUCAGGUUGCGAUCACUCCUAGCACAGAUUGAGCAUAACAAUCAUCUUGGUCCCAGAGUUGAUGCUGGAAAUUCAAUUCUUAACCACUGCCUCUGUCCCACAGAAACUAUACAGACCCUUUUCACGGUAGAGAAUGACUUAUCUCUUAUGCUGUACAGAAUUAUAGGUGAAGGGUAGAGUACUUUCCAUAAUUUUUAAUUCUUUGGCAUUUGAAGAUUCUAGUUAGGCCACUAUUACCAUUUUAAUUUUAUGUUUUAAAAAAUAAUGUGCUUCUAUCAGAAUUUCACUGCCAUCCAAUAGUAUCUAAAAUUUUCACCAGGGGAAUGGACUCAAUACACAGCCAUUAAACUUUUAUUUUAAUUAAACUGCUUAAAAUCAUUUGCCAUAAGUUAUAGUUCAAGGAAGACAAUCAUAAUUAGACCAGCUUCACAUGUUCUUUUUCCAUCUUCAAACCCUUUAUGUUCAAAAUACAUGAGCAGAAGAUGUGAAAAGGGAAGAAAAUUUAUCUGAGAUUUGUGCUAUUAAGUUUUAGGAUCUGAUACCAUUUAAAUGCUCAUAAAGUUGCCCAGCGUAUGUAUCUUAGUCAUUAUAACUGCACUCAGCUGCUAAUAGAAAUUUAGGGGGAAAAUGGGAGAAGCAUCCCCUAGAGCAGAAGAUGUUACAUCUUUGGCCCUCAUCUUUUCUUUAAAAAUCUCUGAGAGAAACUUGUAAUCAGUAUGGCUACACACAAACUCUCUUUGUCUCU